AUGUUUGUGCAGUGUGUGCAUGGUCACAACGGUCUUGUAGCUGCCGCCUACCUGGCCAAAGCAGGUAGGAGUGUCUGUGUGCUCGAACGUCGCCACAUUGUUGGAGGAGCUGCAGUGACGGAAGAAAUUAUUCCAGGGUUUAAGUUUUCCCGAGCCUCAUAUGUUUUAGGUCUUCUGAGGCCAAAGGUGUAUGAGGAUUUAGAACUAAAGCGCCAUGGAUUAAAGGUGUAUCCAAGAGACCCAAGUUCUUACACGCCACUGCACGAGAAGGAAUGGCCAGCAAGUGGAGGCAGAUCUUUGAUUCUGGGUCCACAUGAGGAAGAAAACUUUAGACAGAUUGCACAGUUCUCUGAAAAAGAUGCAAAGGCUCUUCCCCAGCUAGAGUCUUUACUAAACAAGUGUGCAGAGGCUAUAGCUCCACUUCUUGAUAAUGUAGCACCAGAUGUCAAAAGCCUCUACUCUUCUGGAAUUCUGAACAGAAUAAAGCAUUUACCCAAUUAUAUGCCACUCAUAAAGACUGCUUCUAUUUUAGGAAAAGACAUCCCUCAGUUAUACGAGCUGAUGACUGCCCCAGCUUCCAAGAUUCUUGAUCGCUGGUUGGAGUCUGAACCACUGAAAGCAACUUUAGCUACAGACAGUGUCAUAGGGGCCAUGAUCAGUCCCAACACCCCUGGCAGUGGAUACGUUUUGCUCCAUCAUGUGAUGGCCCAAGUGGCUGGAGUCCGAGGUGCCUGGGGUUACCCUGAAGGAGGCAUGGGUGGUGUUACACAGGCUAUGGCCAGAGCAGCUGAAGAGGCAGGGGUAGAUAUAUUUACCAAUCAGCCUGUAAAAUCAGUUAUCCUUGGAGAUAACAAGGAAGUAGUUGGUGUAGAGACUGAAGAUGGAAUGAAAAUAAAUGCUAAAACAGUUCUCUCUAAUGCCACUGCCUAUGUUACAUUUCUAAAACUACUCCCAGAGGGUUCAUUACCUAAAGAGUUUGAGGCAACAAUAAAAGGCAUUGAUUAUACUUCUCCAGUCUGUAAACUUAAUGUUGCCCUGAAAUCUCUGCCAAAUUUCAAGGCGAAUCCAAGUACAAAUAAGGAUACUGUAAUGCCUCAUCAUCGCUGCACUAUUCACCUUAACUGUGAGAGAACCGAGCUGUUGGAUGAGGCCUAUCUGCAGGCAAAGGCAGGACUCAUACCUGACAACCCAAUGAUAGAGAUGACUCUGCCUAGCAGCUGUGAUCCUACUUUGGCUCCUCCUGGUUGCCAUGUGGCACUGUUCUUCACACAGUAUGUCCCAUACAAUCGGGCUGAUGGCAGACCCUGGGACAAGGAGACCAAGGAAGAGGUUGCAAAAAAGAUUUUUAAUGUUGUUGAAGAGUAUGCACCAGGUUUUAAGGACAGUAUUGUUGGCUAUGAAGUACUGCCACCACCAGAGCUUGAGAGAAUAUUUGGUCUUACAGGAGGGAAUAUAUUUCAUGGUUCAAUGUCAUUAGAUCAGCUGUUUCUAUCCCGACCCUCACCAGCGCAGCCAGGCCCAUUCACCCCAAUUCCAGGCCUGUUUCUGUGUGGAUCAGGAGCUCAUCCUGGGGGUGGGGUCAUGGGUGCCCCAGGUCGUCUGGCUGCACUUUCUGCUUUACAGUGAGAUUUUUUAUGUGAAUCAAUACCAUUAUUUGUUAUUUACUUUUACUAAGUGUUUGAUAACCCAAUGCUGUAUCUCAUAAUUGUGAGAUACAAAUAAUGAAGUAGCAAAGAAUUUAUUUUCCUUUACAUUACUAAUAAUACAACUUUUUCACUCUAGAAUACCAUAAAGAUUUAUAUUUUUCAGACAGAUUUAUAUAUUUUACUGUACUGUGUAUGAUAAUGUGAUUUAUAUUGCUCAACUUCUAAGUACCAAUAAAGUCUCCAAAUUUUCA